GCACCGAGCCCUCCCCGCCGCUCCGGAGUCGCUCCGCUGUCCCGUUGCGCAUCGCCCGCCCCCGGAAGGUCCCGGCGCUCCCCGGGCCGGCGGARCGUCUCUCUCCCGGUAAGAGCAGGCCCGAUCGCCGUCCUCUCUCCCCGCUCCAGGUUGCUCCGCCGCGAUGGCGUCCAGCGGGGAGGAAGCGAGGAGCGGCUCCCCGGGCCGGGCGGACACCGGCACCGAGCCGGCAGCGGCGGCCGACGCGGCUCCGCUGGACACGGCCGAGGAUUUCGAGGUCCUGGAGGAGGAGGAGGAGGAGGAGGAUGAUGAUGACCUGAGCGAGCUGCCCCCGCUGGAGGACGUGGGCCGGCCCCCGGUGCCGCCGCGGGAGGACGCGCAGCCCCCGGAGCAGAGCGGGGGGGACGCGGCCGGGGACCCCGAAUGGCUCGAUGUGUUGGGGAAUGGUUUGCUCAAGAAGAAGACGCUGGUGCCGGGUCGGGGGGUGGACAGCCGGCCCCGAAAGGGACAGGACGUGACAAUCCGCCUGAAGGCCACGCUGGAGGAUGGCACCGUGGUGGAUGAGGAUCCUGCCCUCACCUUCACGCUGGGGGACUGCGAUGUCCUGCAGGCUCUGGACCUGUGUGUGCAGCUCCUGGAGAUGGGGGAGACGGCGCUGAUUGUGUCAGAAGCCAAAUACUGCUACGGAGCUCAGGGCAGGAGCCCUGACAUCCCCCCCAACUCAUCCCUGACGCUGGAGGUGGAGCUGCUGGACGCUCGGGACGCGCCGGACCUGGAGCUGCUGAGCGGCCGGGAGAAAAUCCGCCUGGCCAACCGCAAACGGGAGCGCGGCAACUUCUUCUACCAGCAGGCAGAUUACGUGCUGGCCAUCAACUCGUACGACAUCGCCCUCAGGAUCGCGGGCUCCAGYUCUAAAGUGGAUUUCAGCCCRGAUGAGGAGGCCGAGCUGCUGGAUGUGAAGGUGAAGUGUCUCAACAACCURGCGGCCUCGCAGCUCAAGCUGGAUCAUUUCAAAGCAGCUCUCAAGUCSUGUAAUCUCGUGCUGGAGCACCAGCCCGGGAACAUCAAGGCUCUGUUCCGAAAGGGCAAGGUGCUGGCACAGCAGGGAGAGUACAGGGAGGCCAUUCCCAUCCUGAAGGCGGCCUUGAAACUGGAGCCCUCAAACAAGGUGAGAUGGCAGUGUGUGUUGCCCGUGUCCUGCCGGGGUGGCACGUGUCCCCCACCACGGGCACAGCCCCUCACUGCCCCGUGCUCCAAUCCACAGUCCAUCCCCUGGAAGUGGCUGUUCGGCGCCACGGCCAUCGCGUUGGGCGGAGUGGCCUUGUCCGUGGUCAUCGCGGCCAGGAACUGAGGGUGGCACCGGGGCUGCCCCUCGGCUCGGGACCGGCGGGCACUCUCCUGCUUCUCUCUGUGCCCGAGGGGCUCCCCGAGGCUCUUCCGCCCCUUCCCGCGGGCACCGAUGCUUUCUCUGCCGGAUCUCCGGGUCUCUGUGCCCCACGUCCCUCCCGGCACCGGCGGGGAUGGAGCAGAUGGGCAGAGCCCCUCGGGCACCCUCCGGCCAUCGGGGCAGUGUCCGGGGCGGUGGAGGGCACUCACAGCGGUACGUCCCGGUGGGCACGGGGAAGGAACGGGUGUGGAUGUGCCCGGGGGCUGAAGCAGUGGCGUUCCCUGAUUCCUGGGGGGCUCAGCCCUCCCCGAGGUACCCACUGCCCUCUCAGCACAUCCCGGAGCGUGCAAUGUCCAGAGGAAGCCAAAGAACCCCGCGGAGGGAGGGAUGGAUGAGGGGAGCGCUGCAUUUCCCCUCUCCGGGCUGUUUGCUGUGGGUCCAAGCCGUCGGGGGUCCCUCCCUGCCCUGCAGCCCCCUGCCCAGCCUUUGCUCCUGGGGGGGUUGAGCACUGUCCUUGCACCCCAAACUGACUGUGAACUUCCCAAAUAAAGGACAAAUCCUUCA